AUGGCUAAUGACACACAUCCCCCACCUGCCUCUCCCUCCAUCCCCAUUCCCACCGCCGGAAGCAGUUCUUCUGGUGUGGUCUCCCUCUCUCAAGCUAUCCACUCAAUCAACAUCAAAUCCUUCAUUCUCUUCACUUUGGAUAUGCAAGCCAACAACUUCUCCAAAUUGAAGACCUUGUUCCUUAUUAUUCUCGAUCAUUUCAAUCUCCAGUCUCACGUUACUGACCUUGAACCUCAUCACAAUGAUCCCGACUGCGUCAAGGAGAAUCUCACCAUUCUCAUGUGGAUCUACACCACAAUAUCUCAUGAGCUUCUCAAUCUGGUCAUGAAGCCAUCAUCCACGGCAUAUGGCAUCUGGACUCAUCUCGAUUCCAUCUUUACAGGCAACAAGCCAAGCCAUGCAAUCUAUCUCAAAAAUAAAUUUCACACCCUCACCCAGGGCAAUCUCUCGGUUGUUGCCUACUGCUGCAAACUCCAGACCCUUGCCAACACAUUAGCCGAUUGUGACCAGCCCAUUAGUGAACGUGCUCUCAUCCACAAGCUCAUAUGUGGCCUCAGCACAUGGUUCUCUAUCCUUAAACGCAUGCUGCCAGCACUCCCGAUCUUCACCACAUUCAUGCAAGCACGUGAUUACCUCACUAUGGACAAAGCAUCCCAGGCCAGCUCAGACAAGUUGGCUACUGAAUCUGCACUCGUCGCUUUGGGAACUUCUUCCAACACGGCGCCUCCACCAACCAUACGGAUCAAUUGA